CACAAACACCACUCCUGCUCACGCACUCGCGGCGCACCACCGCGACCGUACCACUUCUCUUGCGUUCGGUAGCAGGCGACGACAAACUCAUUUGCGUAUCUCACGGCUGGGACGUUUUAUUUUCUCUGGCGCGAUCGAGCUUAUCGCCUAACUUCAGUCACGAAACCAUGGAUCACUAUCCGGAGGUCAAACGAUCAUUUCUUGACACAAGAGCUUUAUCUUCCCCGCCUGAUCAGGAGUCAGAGAGUGAGUCUAGCCAGGUUUCCGGCUCUGACAUGCCCUCUCCAUCGAUUAGAACUUCUGCCCGAUUCCCUUCGGCCACUCCUCCGCAUGAGGAGAAUGGGAGCUCGGAAAGGUCCUCAGGUGUUGAACCCGAGAGUAGUAAGGGGUGGUAUGAAUUUGACCUUUCGGUCAUACUUGCGCUAGUUUCGCCCAUCGGAAAUUGGUUGACAGGAGGAGAUCACGUCAAGAAUUUCCUUCUCAUCCUUCUCUUGAUAUUCUAUUUGCACCAAAUUAUCGAAGUACCGUGGAGCCUCUAUCAUCUCUCGAGACCCAGACGUCGUUCCCCUGAUUUCCCACCUCGUCAAACAUCUGAGCAAGAUCCAUAUCAUGAAGUUGCUUCAUCAGAGUUACGCAAGCUCGAGUUUUUCUACCUGUUCCUCACUGUAUUAUCGCCGUUACUCGGAGUCGCAAUCCUUCGUAUCGUCAUCAUAUCUGUGGCCGGUCCGGAGACUAUAUCAUGGUUCAGUACCUCCCUCUUCAUUCUCGCCACCGGUAUUCGACCUUGGAAACACGCGGUAGAACGUCUCCAUCAACGCACACAAGAUUUGCAUACUGUCGUUCACUACCCUCCAGCCAGCUCACCAGACACGCACUCGCAGAUUGAAGUUCUAAUUGCGCGCGUCGCCGAAUUAGAGACUCAGCUGAAUAAAUGUAACGACACCGUGAAAGUUCUUACCGAAGACGUUUUUGACCACGUGGAGGGAGCCGUCGAGGGGAUAGAGAAAUGCUUACGGAAACAGGAGAGGAAGAAUGAUGCUUUCUACUCGGCGCAGGAAUCAAAACUCGCGACGUUGGAUCAGAACAUGCAAGCGUUACUGGAAAGGAAGGAGAUUUCAGUGCACGGUUCGGCUUUAUCUUAUAAUCUUGCUUCCGCAUUCCACGCAACCUUGGUUGAACCACUUGGACUUGUCUUUCCUGAGUGGGCACGCAGCUCUCGCCGAGACAAACACCCACCAUCUCCUCGUCCUUCCCCCAAAAUCGGUCGUUCCCGUACUGGCACUAAGCUUGAGACGAUACCAGAAGGCGCCACUUUCACACCCAAGAGAGCUCCAUAUCGCUUUCCCUACCUCCGUAUUCCAGGUUUAAAAUUCGCCCUGCGCAUCGGCGAUCUUGCAACCCUACCUGUCCGUCGGGUAGUGGCGUAUCUUCUCAUGGGACGCAUAUAUGCGCCCAACGCGCCCAAUUCCUCUCUUUAAACAGUGUUACCGCUCAAGGCCCAUUUUUCACAACAAUUGUUCUAUUAGCAUUGCAUGGACUUGUUCCCACGUCUUCUCGCAUUUUAUCCCCGCAUUGAUAUGCCGAGGAUGAUCCAUUUUGCCUCAUAAUUAUUAUGGUAUCCAGGAAUAACCGUACUGUACGCUCGUGCGUCGAAUUUUGUAUCAAUAUCCCAUUGUAAGCAGACUUUUGUCGUAUCUCCCUGAAGUUUAGGCUGCUCUAUAAUUUACCACAGACGUCUGUACCAGGUGAGACUCGUUUUCUUAUUCUUCUAUACCGUUACCUGUACAGCUUCCCUCGUACAAAAAUCACACGGUCUUCUAAGCUCAAAGCUUUAGAACAUGCCUUAUCGGGGCAUUUGCUUGAUGUUUCUGAUUGUAAUUAUCCCCUAUCAUAUGGGUGUUCCUCGGUGAAGUAUGCCAUG